CAUUAAAAUGUAAACAUUACAAAUUCCUUUUCUCCUUACUUCCAUUGAAAACCCUGUCUUAUAAAAGGAAAAAAAAAAAAGGAAGGGAAAAGGUUAAAAAAAAAAGGAAGCGGCGAAGAGCGAGAGUCGAGAGUCGAGAGUCGUUGGAUCCAGUAGCUGCAGAGCUCUGUGCCUCCAUUUCCUCCCUUCCUCUUCCUUCUUUCUUCCAUCGCGCAGCUGCCAAUGUUUUUUCUUGGUCGCGCCAUUCAGGAAUUUGAUCGAGAAACAGGGUUACGUAGAAAGGGAUAAAAGAAGAUAAAGAAAAAGAAGAGGAGGAGGAAGAACAAGAAGAGGGAGUUGAGGAAUGGCGAUCUGAUGAUUUCCAGAAACUUCGUAGCGGAAUUUCCGGAUUCUCUUGGUCCCGCCUAUCCAUGAUCUCGCUUACGCCUAGGGUUAGGGUUUACCCCCGAUGUCCGCCAGCAGAAGCAGCAGCAGCACUGCCACCACCGCCUCAAACCAUCACCAAGGCGUCGCGGCGCCAUGGGCUUGCCCCCAUCUGUCCGACUACAGGGAGAAGCAUGGCCUCAACGGAUUCCGCGUACUAGCUCGAUGCCUCCGGAUCCGGCCGCCCGGGCGCGCAUCGAUCCGCCGCGACCCGAAGGAGGUCCCCCACUGUGACUCCUGCGGCGCUGACGUCGGCCGGCUCUACGCCUGCCUGAUCUGCGCCACGGUAUCCUGCUGGCGGCCGCCUGACUCGUGGCACGCCUGCGUCCAUGCCCAGGCCCGCCCCGGCCACGAGAUCGCCGUCGACGUCGACCGCGCCGAGCUGUUCUGCUGCAUCUGCCGAGACCAGGUCUACGACCGUGACUUUGAUACGACUGUCGUCCUCGCACAGAAGGCCGCCACAGAGUUGCCUAAGCCUCUGUCCCUUCCCUCCCCACCUCCUCCUCAGCCACCGCACCCCGCUAACGGGAUCCGGCCUGAGCGGGUUACAACCCUGCGCAAGCGGCAGAAGGUGGUGGAUUACCGGCCGUGGAUGCCGGACUCCAGGGAGAGGGCGUUGAUGGGCCGGGGAUCGGUCCCUCUGAACGCUCAAGACGGCGGAGUUUGGGGACUCAGGGGGCUUAACAAUCUGGGCAAUACCUGCUUCAUGAACUCGGUAUUGCAGGCGUUGCUCCACACCCCUCCUCUUAGGAACUACUUUCUGAGCGAUCGUCACAACAACCACGCCUGCCGGCGGAAGACGGUGGCAAGGCCAUGCCUCGCCUGCGACUUGGACGCAAUUUUUUCGGCGGUCUUCUCCGGCAACAGGGUGCCGUAUAGUCCGGCGAGGUUCCUUCACAGUUGGUGGCAACAUGCAGCAAACCUUGCAAGUUAUGAGCAGCAAGAUGCUCAUGAAUUUUUCAUUUCAAUGCUUGAUGCAAUCCAUGAACGUGAAGAACCUCCCCAGUCCAAUAUUCGAAAUGGAGGCCAUGGAGAUUGUGGUUGUAUUGCACAUAAGGUUUUCUCAGGGAUUUUGAGAUCUGAUGUGACGUGUACCGUCUGUGGUUUCACAUCUACCACAUAUGAUCCCUGUGUUGAUAUCUCAUUGGAUCUAGAGCCAAGCCAUGGAUCUGGAAAAAUUACCAACUCAAAGUCCUAUAAUGGCAAUUUUGAGAAUGACUCCGUAAUAUCAAGUCAAAGCUUGGGAAUUUGUACCCUCAGAGGAUGCUUAGAUCGCUUCACGAGGCCUGAAAAGUUGGGAUCUGACCAGAAGUUCUACUGUCAACAUUGUAAAGUCAGACAAGAGUCACUCAAGCAGAUGUCUAUACGAAAGCUCCCUUUGGUUUCAUGUUUCCACAUCAAAAGAUUUGAACAUUCAUCUACCAGAAAUAUGUCAAGGAAGGUGGAUAGGUAUUUGCAAUUCCCUUUUUCAUUGGACAUGUCACCAUACCUAUCCUCCUCUAUCAUCAGGAGCAGAUUUGGCAACAGAAUUUUCUCUUUUGAUGGUGAUGAGGUAGAAUACCCUUCAGGAUUGUCCCCCCAGUUCGAAUUGUUCGCAGUGGUCACUCAUGCUGGUAAACUUGACGCUGGCCAUUACGUUACUUAUUUGAGGCUCAGUGACCAGUGGUAUAAAUGUGAUGAUGCAUGGAUCUCUCAAGUUAGUGAUGGAGUUGUGAGAGCCGCACAAGGAUACAUGAUGUUCUAUGUACAGCAGAAGUUAUUCUAUAAAGCAAGUGACAACCUGGCUGCUCCUCAUUAGCUGAUGUGCAGAGUGAUAAAUAAGAUACUGAAGCAGGACCACUUUGUUUUUCAUUGCUUCAGGUGCAGAAACGUCUGUACCAGCCCAGCUAAAGGUUAAAUCAGCUUCUUGUUGAUCAAUUGCAAGAAUGAUUUUUAUGAUUUUGAUAUGACUGCUGAGAAGCAGUACUUGAAUGAACAGCUCUGUCAAUUUUGUGAGUCUCUCGUGAGAAUAAUUAAAUUCUCGGGGAGAGGUAACAGGAGCCUAAAUUUUUGAGGCACUCCUUACGUCUGCAGUUACAAAUUUUUCAUCCAUAAAGGUAUGGCUUUUUAUUAAAAGGUAUAAGAGUACAUCUUUUCUUUACCAAUUUCA